UAAGACACAAUAACAACAACACACGGGCCUAUGUCUAACUAGCUACACGAAAUCGAAGUGAAAUUGCAUAGAUCAUCUAACAAUAGCAACAUUUUAUGUUACUUUACUCAACUUUUUAAAGAAACUAAACACUGGUAAGGCAUAGUCCAAGGUUCUACAUACAUAAAGUUGUUUUUCUCGCCUUUGCAGACAGCGUAAGGAGUCAGUAUGUUCAGUUUUUUCGGACAUCGUAAUAAAGACUCUUCCAAGAAGUCGUCAUCGUCAGAGGGGGAUACAGAUGGGUUCGUGAUAAUCGGAGAAACUGUUGAGGAACAGAGGCAGAAGAUCCAAAACAUCAGCAAACCAUCAUGUAACGUCAUUGUGCAACCAUCAAAGUCUUCCAGUGCAACACCUUCCCAGGCCCACCACUCUCCAGCCCCCGUUCCACCUUCCGUGAUCGCCCCAUCACCAGGGCCCAUGUGGAAGCCCCCUGCGCCCAUCGUGGAAGCCCCACCGUCUCUCCCGGAGCUACUAGGAGAUGUCCCGUUCACACUGGCCCCCCAUGUCCUGGCUAUGCAGACAGGGGGUCCCGGGUUCCUCUUUUCUGAGAUGCUGAUGUCCCCCCAAGACAUCAACCACAACCUGGCCUCCUUCACUUACGACUUCACCCUGGAGAACUCUGUGCUCUGUGACCAUUGACCUGUCUACUUUCUGACUGUAUGACCUCUGACCUUUUUGAUCUGUCAACCUCCUCCAAUACCAACCCUUUGUCAACCCUGGGUCAUGUUCAUUGGGCAGCAAACAGAAGAAAAUGUACUGAAACAGGGCGGGACAACAUGGGCUUGCCUAAUAAGAAAGGCACAUUUUUGUUUUUAGAGUUUAGCUACAUGUGCUCUACUGAACACAACCUUGGACUGUCUUGUCUCGUUACCAUUCAGGUUUAGUUUCAGUUCCAUGGGGCUGUCUGAGAAUGGCAAUACUAUAAUUAGUAAUAAACUUGGUUCAGGUGAUGAUCAGCAUUAGGUGGGGUCAAAACUGCACCUGCCUGCAGUGAUGUAGGUACACACAGUAUGUAGGUAGAUGGGUACACAGAGUUCCACCUUUUUAAGAUUGCAGAUUAGGAAUACUAGUUAAGCAUGUUAAUCACUUGCUGAUGCAUGUCAUAGUAGUGCUGGUUCACUGUUUUAAGUGUGUGUGUGUCAGAAGAGCGUUAGCUUCAUGUCUGAUGAUAGGAAUGUUUGAACAUAGCUGAGGCUUGCGUUGAAGAACAGAGUCAGGGUCUAGAUUCACCUGCUGUUGUUGGUUUAGGAAUCACUGAUUGACCUUUUGGGUUUGCACUAAUUUACGUAACAGAAAUUACUUCUUUAUCUGGUUACGGUUUUUACCCUGGUGUCCUCACCUUUGCCAAUGACGUUAAGAAUACUUUAACAAGGCAUUUCCAAAAAAGUUUGUGUAGCAUAAGCAUUUCUACAAUGGAACUUUGUAGCUUUUUGAUAAUGUAUUUAAAAUGUAAGAAUAUAUAUACCCCCUAAUUUACAACAGUUAUUUUCAGGAGAGUGGCCUUCUCUUUUGGUCAUCUUCAGCAUGGUGUCAUCAUGUGUUGUAACCUCCCAAACAUUGUAUUUGUUAUUUAUUCUGAACCAGGUUUCCUCUAGUUCUCAUGGCACAGUUCAGAUUUGACAGUGUUUCAAGGUAUCCUGUAAUAUACAGUGCCUUCGGAAAGCAUUCAGCCGUCCUUGAUUUUUUUUUCUCCCACAUUUUGUUACGUUACAGCCUUAUUCUAAAAUGGAUUAAAUAAAACAUUUUUUCUCAGCAAUCUACACACAAUAACCCAUAAUGACAAAUUGAAAACAUUUUUGUUGAUAUUUUUGCAAAUGUAUUACAAAAAAUAUACGUAUUUACAUAAUUCAGGCCCUUUGCUAUGAGACUUGAUAUUGAGCUCCGGUGCAUCCUGUUUCCAUUAAUCAUCCUUAGAUGUUUCUACAACUUCAUUGAAGUCCACCUGUGGUAAAUUGAGUUGAUUUGGACAUGAUUUGGAAAGGCACACACCUGUCUAUAUAAGGUCCCACAGUUGACAGUCAAUGUCAGAGCAAAAACCAAGCCAUGAGGUCAAAGGAAUUGUCCAUAGAGCUCCAAGGCAGGAUUGUGUCAAGGCACAGAUCUGGGGAAGGGUACCAAAUAAUUUCUGCAGCAUUGAAGGUCCCCAAUAACACAGUGGCCUCCAUCAUUCUUAAAUGGUAGAAGUUUGAUACCACCAAGACUCUUCCUAGAGCUGGCUGCUCGGCCAAACUGCGCAAUUGAGGGAGAAGGGCCUUGGUCAGGGAAGUGACCAUGAACCCGGUGGUCACUCUGACAGAGCUCCAGAGUUCCUCUGUGAAGAUGGGUGAACCUUCCAGAAGGACAACCAUCUCUGCAGCACACCAGCACUCAGGCCUUUAUGGUAGUGGCCAGAUGGAAGCCACUCCUCAUUAAAAGGCACAUGACAGUCCGCCUAGAGUUUGCCAAAAGAUACCUAAAAACUCUCAGACCAUGAGUAACAAGGUUCUCUGGUCUGAUGAAACAAAGAUUGAACUCUUUGGCCUGAAUGCCAAGCGUCACAUCUGGAGGAAACCAGGCACCAUCCCUACGGUGAAGCAUGGUGGUGGCAUCAUCAUGCUGUGGGGAUGUUUUUCUGUGGCAGGGACUGGGAGACUAGUCAGGAUCGGGGGGCAAAGACGAACGAAGCAAAGUACAGAGAGAUCCAUGAUGAAAACCUGCUCCAGAGCGCUCAGGACCUCAGACUGGGGUGAAGGUUCACCUUCCAACAGGACAACGACCCUAAUCACACAGCCAAGACAACGCAGGAGUGGCUUUGGGACAAGUCUCUAAAUGUCCAUGAGUGGACCAGCCAAAUUCCGGACUUGAACCUGAUCGAACAUCUCUGGAGAGACCUGAAAAUAGCUGUGCAGCGACGCUCCCCAUCCAACCUGACAGAGCUUGAGACGAUCUGCAGAGCGGCAUGAGAGAAACUCCCCAAAUACAGGUGUGCCAAGCUUGUAGUGUCAUAUCCAAGAAGGCUUGAGGCUGUAAUCGCUGCCAAAGGUUAUUCAACAAAGUGCUGAGUAAAGAGUCUGAAUACUUAUGUUAAUUUAUUAUUUCAGUUUUGUUUAUUUUUUACAUAAUUUUGCAAAAAUGUAUAAAAACCUGUUUUUGCUUUGUGCGUUGUGUGUAGAUACGGAUUUAAAAAAAAUCUAUUUUAGAAUAAGGUCACAAAAAAAGGUGGAAAAAGUCAAGGGGUCUGAAUACUUUCUGAAUUCACUGUAUCUAUAUACUGCAUUGCACACUGGUAAGCAAAUGAUCUUGUGAACAAUUACACAUUCAGUUAACUCUCAAUCAAAACUUUUGGACUGCUGUACAAAUGGCCAAGAGAAGCCACAUUAUGUUGCAUAAUAAACUGUUUAUUUUUAUGACAAUUAUUUUGAAGUUAACUCACAAGACAACCACUCAAGAAUCAGAAAAGAUGGCUCAUAAGUUGCACUGAUAUUUUCAGUGUAAUGUUGUGGUAUUCCACAUCAUGUGAAAUCAUCCACAGAUGCUGCGUUUGUACAGGCAGCUCAAUUAUUUUUUUAAAUUUGAUUUUACUAAUCAGAUCUAAUCAGAUCUUUUGACAAUAAUUGGGCAAAAACAAAUCUGAAUUUGGCUGCCUGUGUAAAGUUACUUUCUACUGUAUACAUUAGGAAAUGUUUGGUAUUGACCCUCUCUGGACAAUCCUUUGCUAUGCAUAGCUGUAAACCAAGUGUAUUCUGUCUGUCUGUGUUAAACGGCACUGUGGAUUUUCCCAGGCCUCUUCCUCUCUUUGUCAUUCAAUCACUGACCUAACCUUGCAUGUUGAUUUUGUUUCACAGGCAUGGAAAUACACAGCUCAAAAAAAUAAAGGGAACACUAAAAUAACACA